AUGCAGAUCUUCCUUCUUGGCCUCGACAACACUACACACACCCUCGACGUUGAUGCGUCCACCACCCUCAGCGCCAUCAAGGUCCGUUUUAUUAAUAUUAGGUAACACUUCUAAAUUAUAUAUUUGAAGGGCGUGAUUGGAGCCGGACAAGAUUUCGCCAUCUCCCAUGGAUCCAAGAUUCUCGAUGAGGAACGCACUCUCGGAGAUUACCAAAUCGAAAACCUCUCAACUCUUUCAAUCAACGGAAGACUUCUCGGAGGUUCGUUUAACUUUCCAUAUUUUGUUGAAUAAUUAUUUCUAACAAUACAAAUAAAUUUUUUCAGGUAAGGUUCACGGUUCCCUCGCUCGUGCCGGUAAAGUCCGUGCUCAAACACCAAAGGUUGACAAGCAAGACAAGAAGAAGAAGAAGCGCGGUGAGUAGUUUCAUUCAUAAAAUUUAUCAAUUCCAAAGAUUUUCUUGUUAACUAUCCAUAUGUCAGCAUUUUAUGAUUAUUUAACAUAAUCAACUCAGAAAACGUCUCGUCAACCGUCCGCGAGCCGGCAGACGGCCGUCGAAUUCUGAUACUAAUUUGUCAGUUUGCUAGCUCGCAGACAGCGUCUGCUAGGUUCUGCCAGCUAGCAACCUCGCGGCGAGCUGUCGAAAUGCCUCUGCUAGCUUUCGACAGCUCGCAACCUCGCGGAUGGCUGACGAGACGUUUUCUGAGAAUUGGAAAAAAUUCUUCAGUUUUUUUUUUGAUAGAAUUGCAGAUUUGUUAGUUCAAUUUUUGUUGAAACCUGAGCUUUUUAGUUACAUUGUUGUAUAUACUUCUGAAAAAUGCAUUUUUAAAUAAAACAAAGGGCUCGUCUCAAACUUUUUGUUUUUUUUCCAAUCAAUAAUCGAUAAACAUUCCAGGACGUGCAUUCCGUCGUAUUCAAUACACUCGCCGCUUCAUCAAUGUCUCUACUGGACCAGGAAAGAAACGCGGACCAAACUCCAACGCCUAA